CUCACUCCCACUUUGUUUUUAUUGAUUUCUCAUCUUAUUUUGUUUUGCGUGCGUGUACUGUUCCACGAUUUCCGCAUACAUGCAUUAUGUUGUAAAUAAUUUUAUUUCGCCCUGUUGAUAUUUCGAAGGGAGAAAGUACAAGAUGACGAUGGAAAUGGAGGUGGUUGUGAGUCAACCGGAGGACAUAACAGACCUCAAAGCCAAGGGGCCGAGCCAUGGUAAGGAUAUGCUGGAUCGUUUUACGGACAAUGGUGGAUUGUACGAUUUGAUUGUUAAACAAAUGCUCCAGCCGGGACACGAGGGAGAAUUAUGCGGUUGGUUAAGAGAACUGAGUUUAAUUAGAUCUAAUAUGAAUUGUCCUACCGAAGGUUGUAAUGGUAAAAAUCUUACUUGGUCUCCAGCCAGAUCUAUUGAUAAAUAUAGUUGGUACUGUCUUGAAUGUAAAAAGAGACAAACGCUGAGAGAUAGCUCUUUCUUUUUGCAAAUCAAAUGCGAUUUGAAGCUAUGCAUGCAAAUUAUAGUCGCAUGGUGCCAGUCAAUACCAAACGAAGUUGUCGUUUCUUAUCUAGAAUUAAAGCAGCACGUAGUCAAAAAGGCUUAUGAGAAAUUAGGGAAAGUUGCGGAGACAUACGUUAAAAAUCACUCUGAAGAGUGGUUACUGGGAGGAAAUGAAAAGAUCCUAAUCGUCGAUGAAUUUCCUAGCGGUUAUAUGACCGAAACCUUGAUUAAUGCUCCAGUUGCCAGAAAGCGUAACAACAAUUGCCAUACAAUUUUAUGUAUUGCGGAAGUGGACAAAAUUCCUCCAAGAAUGUGGAUGCACAUAAUACAUGCUAAUCCGGAGCCUCCUCCGUCAAAAAAUGCCAAAAAUCAAAAAUUAGAAAGUAAAUGUGGAAUGGUGGAAGAAGCAUUGAGUGAAAUUUGCGCUCAUGCGAAACCUGGUAGUUACCUGAUAGCAAAUAGAAGAGCUCGAUGUUGUAAUUAUGAAUCGCUUAAAGAACUUAAGGAAUAUAAAGUUAUAAGUAUCGAGGAUUUACAAAUGUACGACACUCCUGGAAAAAAUGAACUUCUCGGUAAUCUCGAAACAAUUUGGCAAACUGGGAUUGGAGUAUGUGAAGAAAUACAAGAAACUACCCGCACCAAUGGGCUUCAACAUCUCUUUGUACAUUUGUGGAGGCAACGAUUUGCCAUGACACCAGCAAACGCUUUUGAAUAUAUUAUCCAGCAUAUCGCCGAAUGUUUUCAAUUCACGUAAAGUUUAGAGCUAAAAUAUAUUAAAUCUAAAAUAUUAUAUUUUAAAUCUAGAUAUUAUUGAUAAGAAAGACUAUAUUGUAUAGUUAUAUAUUUUCUGAGAGAUUUAAUGCGUGUAUGAUGAAAGAAGUCUUCCAAAACUAUUUUUUACGCAUUGCACAAGUUUAAAUCACAUAAGUGCCUGUGGAAUUAUUGAAUACAAAUAAUUAUUACUGUUGAAAAAUGUAUAGGAAUGCAAGAAGUUUUUAUUUUGAAGAGCCUAUAAGAAAUAAGAUGUAUAUGUUGAAUUAAAAAAGGCUGUAGCAUUUUAAGAACUUCUGUUGAGUAUUUUCUAACAAUGCUUUACAAUUCUUCACAUUUAUUAAAUACUUUGUUUAUUGUUAUCUAUGUUAAUAUGCAACAAAUUAUACUUCUAAUUU